AUGCCUCCAAAGCGGAAACACACGGGCGACGAUGCCCCGCAGGAGGACGACACCAAACGCUACGCCUAUCUCAAACCUCACGUCCGUCGCGUCCCAGAGAAGACCAUCAAGUCGAAAUGGGCCCCUCUACCGGAACCCGUCCAGGAAAAGGUCAUGGACAUGUUCCACUCCCUCGAGCGACCGGUGAUAAUGCGGAAUCAAAAUGAGCGCAAACGCAUCGAGGCGCAGGGCGCCGUGCAAGCGGUCGUGCGAAAUUUAGGCAAACGACUCCCGCGAAUGCCGUUUCCACCCAUAACAAAAGACUCUAACUUCGACUACGAAUCUGCGCUGAAUGAGCAUCGCUCGCUCGAGGCCCACUUAGCCACGAUGAAUGAUAGCGUCGAUCUACUAAAAUCCGAGAUUGCCAAAGAAGAAGCGCUCCUUGCGGGGGAAACAAAGUCGCUACAGGAAAUGGACAAGAAUGCCAAACGGGCCGAGGCUGAAAGGAAACGACAAAGUAAAAAUGAACACCCCGUGCUCCGACAGUUGGAUGCGCUUCCUCAAACCGAGGGUUCUGGGUCCUCUGAGUUCACGCUUCUUGGUGCCAAAGAUAGCCAAGUGACUCUAGACGAGUUGGAGACCGAUCCCGAAGUCCAAGGACUCAUGAAGCAAUUGCAUGGCCAUCUUCAAUCCAUGCAAAGCAAUACCGCCCCAUUCGCAGGACUCGGUGAUGCCGUCACUCGCUCACAAGCUGCCUUGGAUCUAUACUCGAUGCCCAACGACUGAUCGCCCCACUGGACAUCACCGCACCAUACAAGCCACCAAUCCCGGCAUUCUGAUGCUUAUGAUUGACACAUGAAGGGCCUCGGACCCAGGGUAUGCACGUUUAUUAAAAACGCAAACCAAGUACCGACCGAGCUUGGCGACCAGGAAUACCAGGAAUCACUUCGGCAAUCCUUGUCGCGUGCUCGAAUUCCAAUGCAUUCGCCGAAUAGCUUCAUACGGUGGAACCGGGCACGGUUGAACGCACCUCUCUUCAAUAGAGAAUAUCCCACUGCAGGGGUAAAAUAUGAAUCACACAAAAUUAGGAGAAGGGUAAUGCAAGUAUGAUGCGCACUCAGUCCAAUCCGGGGAGUCCUGCUUCAAGGAUGUAGACAACCCGAGGCUCCACCGCAUGAAAAGAUGGAAGAAACUACCUAGGUAGACAGUUAACAAUCAAUAAUCA